AUGCGAGAUUCCAUGCGGUUGUGUUCGCCGCUCCUUCUGAACGCGUUUCUGCUGUUCCUCGCUACCAGCGUGAAUGGUGAGAAGCCGCAAAAGCAAAUCGGUGCCGAAGAAGUGAAAAAUGCGUUGUGUCCGCAAUGCCACAAAAUGGAAGAUGGCAUGAUUCAAGAGUUUCAUGUGGUCAGACAAGUUGGAGGCUCAGACAUAUUUACUUUCAGUAGGUGCUUUGAACAACAUGUUUGUUCUUGAUCAUUACAACUGAAAGAUUCCUAUUUCAGCUAGCAUCAAUGGCACGCAUACGAGUGAUGUAAGUUUGUACAACGGUUACCAGUACUACGAACUUCGAUAUGUGCCAGUGUUCACAAAUGGGACGUUUCAGCCAUACAUGGUCGAGAUUACUCCAGAUGGUCAAUUCAAGCGUAUUCAAAGGUAACCUUUGACAUUUUGUAUUUUAUAAGAGUUGAACUUGGUCCCCAUCUUCUAUUUGUUUUUACAACCUUUAAAAAUUAUUUUAAAGUUCAAAAAAAUAUUUUUUAGUUAUCUUCACCACCCCUUGACUGUAAAAAUGUAUUUUCAGACUCAUGGAUGAUGGUAUGAGUUACCAAUACAACGAUUUGAGCAAGAAGCUAUCCUCAAACAAGGUUGAAUACUGUUAUUUCGAGAAAAAAUACGAAAUGGAUCACAACGUCAGCUUUCCCUACUUCAAUCUCUAUAUCCCCAGCAAAACACAAGCGUACGAGUUGGACAAAGUGUGCGCCGACGGGUUUGGUCCCAAAGAUGCAAAAAAAUUGUUGAGUUCACUUCCGGCUGAAGUCAGUCGCGCACACAACAAGAGUUUCAUCGACAAGUGUUUUGUAAGUGAAUAUACAAUAAUAUGAACGUUAAUAGAUCACAUUACUUGAGUUUAUAUUUGGUACUAUAAGUGAGCUUAGAGUAGUAUAAGAGAGUUUACAGUAUUGUAAAUCAAUUAAAAGUACUGUAAAUGAUUUUGGAGUAUUGUAAAUGAGUGCAAAGUAUUGCAAGGUCUUUAAGACAAGCUAUAUGAUGCGAAGUCUACUAUAUUACCUAUGACAGUUUGAUAUUUUAAAAAUUUUGUUAUUAUAGGACGUGAAAGACAAAACGUGCGUCUACGAUAUUGAUAACCCCGCUCAUUUGAACUACUUUGAAGGUAAAAAAGACCGUAUUGCGUACAUGCGCAAUGGCCUAAUUGUGUACCUUAGAUGUGUAGAGUUCAGAUGCACUUAUUUUAUUCACGAUUCCAAAACCGGGUAUGUAAUUUUUAUGAAAAAGUUUAAUGCGAUUAAAAAACACAUACCAUUCGAAAGAUCAUGAGAAGUUGAUAUAAAACCAAUUUUUUCCGGCUGCAUAAUCCACCUGGCUACCCUAAAAUCAAUAAAAAUACUUUCAGACUCGACUGGUGGAUCCCGGAUGAUAUAAAGGUAUAUACAGAAACCCUCAAAGGUGAUAAGCGUUUGAUUGUACCACUUUUGAGACUCGACGAUAAGUUCUACACAAGCGAAUUGCGCUACAAGUACGCUCCGUCCACCACAACGACGUCUACCACUACUCCCAAUGACGCCACUCGGCCAACUGAUGAGCCGGGGGGUGAAAGUGAUGCCACUACGGAACAUCAUGAAGAUGACUAUCUAAAAGACGACGACGAUGAUGAUUCGGACGAUGACGACCGUUCAGAAGCCGAAGGUGCAGAUUGGGAGGAAAGCGGUUCGGCUCAAAAUGUCGUGCUCAUGUGGAUCGUCGUUUUGAUGUUGUUCAUGUACUGA